GGCCACCCUCCUGUGGUGCCUGGGCCACGACCUAAGCCUAACCCGGUCCUCCUCGCCCUCCAACGCCCGGCCUUCCCGCCUCAGUCGGCCGCUGCGUCCCUACAGGGGCUAGCGCGCUUGGACAAAGUAACUCUACCGGGACCCUAGCGGACCAGAGCGGGAAGGAUGGCCAUCCCCGCAGCCAGAGCCAGAGCCCCACGUCCCCUGCCGCUGCCCCUGCCCGGCUUCGGUGCGGGUGGACUGGGUGCCUCAGUUAGGGCUCUUGGGGGGAAGGAGGGGGCCGGCGCCGGGUGGUUGGCGUGCAGAAAGCUCCAAGAAAAUGGAAGUGGGACAGAGCCGGGGAAGUCUGAGACCCCUAGACACCUUCGCUUUAGGGGAUGGCAGAAGGGAAGGGGAGACUCGUGUUUGCAGUGUAGACGCGAUUUUCAAUUCCCUUUGCCACUGGGUCCCCAUAGCAACCCCGUGGCGUAGGCGGAAGGCUGUGACUCUCCAUUGCCCGGGGUCGCGAGUGUUCAAAUUGCAGGGGGCGUCUGUGUGCACGCUUGUGUGCCUGUGCGUGGGUACGCGCGCGUACCUGUGUGUACAUGCAUGCAUGUGUACAGAUAUGUGCAUCUGUGCCUGUGUGUGCUGUUUGUGGAUGCGUGUUUCUGUGGAUGCGCGUUUCUGUAUGUUUGUACGUGUGUAUUUGUGUGGUGUGUAUGCGUGGGUGUGCGUGUGUACACAUGCACGUUUGUAUACAUGCAUGGGUAUGUGUAUGGGUGUGUGUUAGUCUGUGCAUGUAUGCACGUGUUUGUGCGUGUGGGCACGUGUAUGCACACAUGUUUUUUCUGAACCCCACCUCACUAAAAGGAAGAGAGCUUCUUUCCUCUGAGAGCCCAUCCCGUUUUCCUUUGGUGAACGGGGUUUUGUUAAAGAAAAAAUUCUUCUGACGCUUUAAAGGCUCUUUAGUCAGGUUACUUGCAAUGGGAGUGUUGGCCAGCAAAGCCCGCUGGGGAUGUAUGCGGGAAUGGGAGCGGGGAUCUGGGGGUGGUUAGUGGUUGGAAAGUGAUUAAGGGAAGGCUCCAAGGGUAGGGGCUUCUCCCUAAGCUGACCUAGCAGGCUGCUCCAGAAAGGCAGGUUGAAGACCUAGAGGAGGAACUGAUCAGAUGUGGAGCUGGGGGUAGCCAGCAGCAGGCAGAAGUGGUCCAGGCCCAGUGGAGAGGAAAGGCAGAGGGGCCUGGCAAGCAUUGGUCAGGGAGGGUCUGUGUAGUUUCUGGGGAGGCAUCGGUGUUGGUUAUUGACAAGGCUAAAAAAUGACUCUGGACCCUCUAACUGGACCGCAGUCCUAGCCCUCCUCUGUAAAGGCAGGCUGUACAGGAAGGUUGCACACUGCCAGCACCCAGAGCAUCGGGCCGCUCCCUCCCACCUCUCUCCACAGUCCCUCAACUUGGGAACCCGCCUCGUGUCUCCCAGGAGCCAUGGAGGCUGUGGAACUCGCCAGAAAGCUGCAGGAGGAAGCUACGUGCUCCAUCUGUCUGGACUACUUCACAGACCCUGUGAUGACCGCCUGUGGCCACAACUUCUGCCGCGCAUGCAUCCAGCUGAGCUGGGAGAAGGCGCGGGGCAAGAAGGGGAGGCGGAAGCGAAAGGGCUCCUUCCCCUGCCCCGAGUGCAGAGCAAUGUCCCCGCAGAGGAACCUGCUGCCCAACCGGCUGCUGACCAAGGUGGCCGAGAUGGCACGGCAGCAUCCUGGCCUGCAGAAGCAAGACCUGUGCCAGGAGCACCAGGAGCCCCUCAAGCUUUUCUGCCAGGAGGACCAGAGCCCCAUCUGUGUGGUGUGCAGGGAGUCCCGGGAGCACCGACUGCACAGGGUGCUGCCCGCCGAGGAGGCAGUGCAGGGGUACAAGUUGAAGCUGGAGGAGGACAUGGAGUACCUUCGGGAGCAGAUCACCAGGACAGGGAAUCUGCAGGCCAGGGAGGAACAGAGCUUAGCCGAGUGGCAGGGCAAGGUGAAGGAGCGGAGAGAACGUAUUGUGCUGGAGUUUGAGAAGAUGAACCUCUACCUGGUGGAGGAAGAGCAGAGGCUUCUCCAGGCUCUGGAGAGGGAAGAGGAGGAGACUGCCAGCAGACUCCGGGAGAGCGUGGCCUGCCUGGACCAGCAGGGUCACUCCCUGGAGCUGCUGCUGCUGCAGCUGGAGGAGCGGAGCACACAUGGGCCCCUCCAGAUGCUGCAGGACAUGAAGGAACCCCUGAGCAGGGCACGGGUAAAGACCUCGCCACAGGAACCGGAGCGGUGGGGACGCCAAGUCAGCAAGUGUACGCUCUCCAAUUCCAUCCCGCCUGCGGGCCGCGUGACGAGCAGCGGCCAAUCGGAGGCAAAAGCGGGUUGUUCCAAAAAAAAAAAAAACCCACCCAGUCGCUUCCUGCUUCCGCCUCGGCUCCUCUUCCUGCCGGCAUCCGGGAUCCCUACGUCCCGCGUUCCCCGAGCACCCGGAGCUUACGCGCCCAGCGCUACCGAAAUCCGGAGUCCUGCGCCCUGGAGUCCCUGUGCCCCGGAGCCCGAGCACCCGGGAGUCCCAAGCCUCGCGUCCCGGAGUGCCCGCGCCUGCGCCACCGCACCCGGUUACCCCGCGUCUCCGCGAGCUCCCGAGUCUCCCCGCCGCCGCCCCACGGACAGUACCGCCUUCCUCCCCUCGGUCCGCACCAUGGCCGCCCCCGACCUGUCCACCAACCUCCAGGAGGAGGCCACCUGCGCCAUCUGCCUCGACUACUUCACGGAUCCGGUGAUGACCGACUGCGGCCACAACUUCUGCCGCGAGUGCAUCCGGCGCUGCUGGGGCCAGCCCGAGGGCCCGUACGCGUGUCCCGAGUGCCGCGAGCUGUCCCCGCAGAGGAACCUGCGGCCCAACCGCCCGCUUGCCAAGAUGGCCGAGAUGGCGCGGCGCCUGCACCCGCCGUCGCCGGUCCCGCAAGGCGUGUGUCCCGCGCACCGCGAGCCACUGGCCGCCUUCUGUGGGGACGAGCUGCGCCUCCUGUGCGCGGCCUGUGAGCGGUCAGGGGAGCACUGGGCGCAUCGCGUGCGGCCGCUGCAGGAUGCGGCCGAAGACCUCAAGGCAAAGCUGGAGAAGUCACUGGAGCAUCUCCGGAAGCAGAUGCAGGAUGCGUUGCUCUUCCAAGCCCAGGCGGAUGAGACCUGCGUCUUGUGGCAGAAGAUGGUGGAGAGCCAGCGGCAGAACGUGCUGGGUGAGUUCGAACGUCUUCGCCGUUUGCUGGCAGAGGAGGAGCAGCAGCUGCUGCAGAGGCUGGAGGAGGAGGAGCUGGAGGUGCUGCCCCGGCUGCGAGAGGGUGCAGCCCGCCUAGGCCAGCAGACCGCCCACCUAGCUGAGCUCAUCGCCGAGCUCGAGGGCCGCUGCCAGCUGCCUGCGCUGGGGCUGCUUCAGGACAUCAAGGACGCCCUGCGCAGGGUCCAGGAUGUGAAGCUGCAGCCCCCAGAAGUUGUGCCCAUGGAGCUGAGGACCGUGUGCAGGGUCCCGGGGCUGGUGGAGACACUGCGGAGGUUUCGAGGGGAUGUGACCUUGGACCCGGAUACCGCCAACCCUGAGCUGAUCCUGUCUGAAGACAGGCGGAGCGUGCAGCGGGGGGACCUGCGGCAGGCCCUGCCGGACAGUCCGGAGCGCUUUGACCCCGGCCCCUGCGUGCUGGGCCAGGAGCGUUUCACCUCAGGCCGCCACUACUGGGAGGUGGAGGUUGGGGACCGCACCAGCUGGGCCCUGGGGGUAUGCAGGGAGAAUGUGAACAGGAAGGAGAAGGGCGAACUAUCCGCGGGCAACGGCUUCUGGAUCCUGGUCUUCCUGGGGAGCUAUUACAAUUCCUCUGAACGGGCCUUGGCUCCACUCCGGGACCCACCCAGGCGUGUGGGGAUCUUUCUGGACUACGAGGCCAGACAUCUCUCGUUCUACAGCGCCACCGAUGGGUCGCUGCUAUUCAUCUUCCCUGAGAUCCCCUUCUCCGGGACGCUGCGGCCCCUCUUCUCGCCCCUGUCCAGCAGCCCAACCCCGAUGACUAUCUGCCGGCCGAAAGGUGGGUCCGGGGACACCCUGGCUCCCCAGUGACUCGGGCCUUCCUGGAGGAGUCCUGUUGCCUCUCCUGCCCCUCCAGGCCACUGAGUGUUUUGUCCACUUGGAGGACCUGGGAGGAGGGAGUGUGUCCUUUGAGCAAGAGGAGGAACUCCUAGUGCCUUUCUGAGCCUGCGUGGGAGAAGCCCAAUUCUGGCACUCCAGGAAACUGCAGGAGGGUAUGGGGCAGGCUCUGUCCUCCUUGGGAGACCCCUCCAGCCACCGGGUGCUGCUUAAUGCCAACAGCCCUUACCAAAGCUGGGAGCCCCAUCGCCCCAGCAGCUCUGACCUGUGGUUCCAGAAGCCAAGAAAGCUCCACUGGGGCUUGUAGAAUCCAGGGUCCGCCUAAGCUGCACAGUUCCUGCAGCUUUGCCAGCCCCCCAAAACUACUGUGCACCCCACCUCUGAAGAUGCUGGGGGAGGCUGCCAGGAUGGGAGCCAGCCCCAUGCCUGUCUGUGACCCCACAGUGGGUGAGAGCCCGUCACAGUCCAGGGUGUGGCCGCUCUGGAAGAAUUAGGAGGCAGACGUCAUAAGAGUCUUCAGAUGAUGGGAGGGGCCAGUGAGGACAGGAACCGAGAGUAGAUGUCCCAGAAUAAAGAGGCUUCUGGGAGGUGCCCGGGUACAGAUGUCUGUUCAGCAGGUGUGUGGGCCUAGAGGAGACAGCACAGCCCAGAAAUGUCUUCUGCAGGCCCACGUUGUGACUUGAAGCUUUCAUGGGCAUGUCGCCAUUGGGUUUUGCCCUUGCAAAGACUUCCUAGGUCUCCAAUGGCCCCUCUGGACCCAGGGUCCCAGCUGCUGCUUGGGGAUGUGCACUGCUGGCCACCAGCCUUGCAGUCUCCCUACCCUGGGGAGGAGCAGUGGCUGCCCAGAGCCCAGGGCAUAUAGCAGAAGACACGAGUUGAUUUUUGUGUUGGGUUUGGGGUUCCUUUGUCCUCAAGGUACUGUUCUGCUUCUCUUUACCCCUCUGCUUUAUUUAUUGUAAGCAUUCCCACGUUAAAUAAACUUUGGCUGUUGUCUACAA